UACGCAUUGAAUUGGUGAUCGCUCUCUCGACAUCUCAACCACAGGGUGUCGUCGUGAUCCUGCUUCUUCCUUCUCAAGAUAUCUGGGCAUCCUCAGUGAUCAUGUUGUGGUGUAACACUGGACUUCAAGGAUUCCUCCUCUUAUUCCAUGUGAUGAUAGGACAAGGAAAUGAGUUUUGUAACGAAAAACAAUGUCUCUUGAAAUCGGGUUUGGUUUUCUUAAAAGAGGACGAUAUUUUGAUUACCGGUGACAAAUGGACAGUAGUAGUCAAUAUAUAUGUACAAGAGUAUCAUACGGUUAUUUCUUCGGCAAGAGAUGCAAUACGUAUGCUUGAUGUUGAAGCCGAGAAAGAAGCUACAUCUGAUGACUUGUUGAUGUAUGUUCGUUCAUCAGAAAUCAAUAGGAUUCGACGCAUAGUUGACCAUCUGAGUAGUGAAAUUGAAUCAUUCGAAUUAAUGUUGCCAGUAGAAUCUCAAGUAAACAACACAAGAUUUAAACGUGGUUUGAUUAACGCUGGAGGUAUUUUGUUAAAAGUAUUAUUCGGUACGUUAUCUGAUGAUGAUUUAGUUCAACUGAACACUAAAAUUUCUCAAAUUGAGGGACAGUCACAGGUUAUAACGCAUUUGGUUGAUGAAUUAACUGUAGUCAAAAAUAUCGAUCAAGACGUUCAUAGUCAUGGUAUUAUAUUGAAUGAAACACUUGAUCUUCUGGAAACCGUUUUAGAAAAUGCUAGUCAAACUAAUCUUAGCAUUUGGUCAGAAUUACAACUGGUAGAACAAGCUCUUGGCAAGCAACACGCUGUUAAUUCUUUAAUGAGAGAGCUUGAACUUUCGUUACUUCAAGUCCAAAAAGAACUUUUAGAAUUACGACAAUCUUUAGAAGACACCUCUGCAGGUAAAUUAAGCUCUUUGUUGGUCCCACCACAAAACUUAUCUUUGAUUAUGCAGCAAGUAGUUGGUAAAUUACCAACCGGGUUGUCGUUAUUGACAACUACGGAAAUCGAUCAAAUUUAUGAAUAUUAUCAUUUUGUAACCGUGCACGCUGUCUCUACUAUCACUGGAAUUUGCCUUUCCCUUGAUAUCCCUCUCAAAUCUCCUAACCGCUACUUUACUCUUUACUCUAUUCAACCUAUACCUUUUUAUGACACACUUAGCGAUAAAUACAUAGUGACAAAGGUGCAAGAAGACUAUUUAGCCGUAUCCUACGACAGACAACGGUACGUCACAAUGACUCACAGUGAUGUAAACAAGUGUGUAAGAGGACUAUAUACAUUGUGCCCUCUGGACUUACCAGUCAUGCUCCAUUCGAACAGUUGUGUAUACCACAUGUUUAUCGGUGAUGAACAAUUGGUGCAAAGAUACUGCGAGAAGUUUGUUAUAUCUGGACAAUUCGAACCGUUUCUAUACAAAAUCAAAGAAACAAACGACUGGAUCUACAGUGUAAGCGAGCCUACUCGUAUUGUGCGCAAGUGCUCGUUAGCUGAACCACAUUCAAGCGAGACUAUACAAGGAUUAGGGAUACUGCAGAACGUUCAGAAUUGUUACGUACAUUCGGACAAAUUCGUGUUACUACCAUCAACUUCUGGUACCACUAACGUUGACAUGAACCGAACAUCAAUCAUUAUUCCCGUUGUGAGUGAGAUAUUCGACCAUGAAGAAAGACAACUUCUUCAAAAACUAUCCAAUGUAUCAAGUGAUAAGUCUAAAAUUCAUAAUCUACAACAGCAACUCCAAGCGACCUCGACAGGUGUCUCUAUCCAUGACUUGGCUCAUGAAGUGGAGGCCGCAGAACUUCAAUUUGGGAAGACAAUGUCCCACAGACCGGCCGACUCCACAUCAUUCAUCCUUAUGGCACUUGUUUCGAUACUAUUCCUCGUAACUAUACUGACUGGAGUUACGAUGUAUCACACUCGAAAGAUAUGGCGUCACAACCCAUCUUGCGAGGAUGGCUUGCAAGUCGACAUUCUGCAGGCAUCUACUGCAUCUCCAAGCUGCUCGAUGACACAGCAAACGACGCCAGAGACCCCGCAGGUGACCGUGCGAUACGCUAAACCAGGAAAAGUAACCAUCUGAACUCAAGACAAUAUUGCAAACAAACUCAUUGUGUGACACAGAGAAUGAACAAAUAACAUUAUAAAAACUUACC